GUUGUAGGGGUCCUUGCGUUUGAAGGUUUUUCGCGCCACCGCCGAACAGAACGGAGUAGCAGUUUCUGACUUACAGCUUUGUUUUUACGACUCUUGAGAAAUGUAUCUAGGGAAUAAACACAAAGUCUGGUUGUUGCUAUAACUUGUAGAGCGAUGUUGUUAGAAUUGGUAUAGGGUUGAUUCUAAUGGUUUGAUCAUGCUGUCAGUGUGUGUAUAAGAGUGGUGAUAUAACCCUUAGGUAGCUUUCUCACUAAAACCUCAAUAAUAACUGCAAGAAUUAUUCCAUCAUCAACUGAUCAAGAAAAGACAAAGCAGUUAUAUUUACUGACUAACGGAGACGGGUGAAAUGGCUGCUGAGGAUGAAAACCUGGACAUGCUGCUCUCCUUGUUUGAAGAGAAUCAGGAUUCAGAGAAUUCCUCUUCCAAAGACGUGGAAGAUAACUUGGAUGGUUUAUUCGAUGAUGAUGGCGGCGAAGACGGUGAAGGAUAUGCUGAGCCAGAGGAAGAGGAUGAAGAUGAGAAGGAGGACUCUAGUACGGGAGCAGAAAGCGAGCAGAAUAGAUCCCAGGAGGACCUGGAAGCUGAGUUGAGGAGCAUGCAAGAGAAGAUGCAGAAGUUACAGGAGCAGCUGAAAGCAUCCCAAAAGUCUACGGAUGUCUUCCGGCCCAAACAUACAGAAGGCAAUACUUUUUCACAACUGCAGACAAACACCAAGAGUUCACCAGCCACCCAGCAGAUUAAUAAGCCUCAAACUUCACCUCAGCAAAGAAAAGUACAUCAAAGCAGCCGGACUCCCCAGAGAGCAGCUACUGUUACCUCACCCCAGUUCCCAGCAAAAGACCUGACUGGAAAAGUACAAAACAAGCAGAGGACUGCACACCAACCCAAAGCAGCUUCCCCAGAAAACCCGAAUUCUUUGGGUCAGGGUUUUAGUAACAAGCAGCCACAGCCGAUGAGAAGUAGCAGUAUAGACAGCAACACAAUAAAGUCACCACCAGCAAUCAAAAGUGCUGACAAGGCCCCUUGCAUUGUGAAACCGGCCACACCUCGACCAUCUGUUUCUCAGGAUGUUACUAUCGAGAAAUUCUCAGGUCUCAGGCUGAGGAGACCUCGGCUGUCCUCAGUAGAAAUUGAACACAAAAUGGCUAACCGCAGAAUGAUCCGGCUUUCACAGCUGCCCGAUCGACUGUCUCGGGAAAAUUUAGAAGAGAGUGACUGGGUCACGUUUGCUGUGCUGAUAAAUAAAAUCACUCCACAAAGCAAAAAUAAUGGGAAGACCUUCAGUAUCUGGAAGCUGAAUGACCUUCAUAACCUAGAUGUGACCUUAUCACUCUUCCUCUUUGGGACUGUUCACACAGACUUGUGGAAGACUGAAACAGGGACAGUGCUUGGUAUACUCAACCCCAAUCAAAUGAAGAACAAAGACGGCUCUAACGAGCUUUGCCUAACAGUUGACCAUCCACAAAAGGUUCUGAUGUUGGGAGAAGCCAUGGAUUUUGGUACUUGCAAGGCCAAAAAAAAAAAUGGAGAUCCAUGCACACAGCUAGUCAACUUAUAUGAAUGCCAGUACUGCCAGUUCCACGUUAAAGCACAGUACAAGAAAAUGAGUUCAAAAAGAGCCGAGCUUCAGUCCAGCUACACAGGAACUGCUCCUCGCAAAGGAAAAGGUCAUGGAAGUUUAAGAGAGCGACUAUGCCAAAGUGACUUCCAUUAUGGGGGUCUGUCAUCACUUGCAUGUUCCCAAUCAAUGACUGCCCCACAGCCAAAAAAACAGCCCUCAAUUCAGGAAGUUUUGGCUUCCAUCCCUAACAAGAAGCUUGACAUUAGUUCAGGUAAGGUGAAGGGAUGUUCUGAUGACUUCAGAAGCCUAAUGACCAUGCCUACACCAGGAGCACUAAAUAUAAAGAAACAUUUAGGACAGUCUAAGCCAAAAGAACUUUCCGGAUCAUCGGUUCAGUCUAUCUCUGCAGCUGAGCUUCUCAAGCAGCAGAAAGCACUUCACCAGCAAAGGUUUCAGGCGAGGCACAAAAGGGCAGAGGAAAUUCAGAAGAGGGUGCUGCAGAACUCUGGAGGUGCUGUGAUUCCAGCUAGACCUUCCACAAACAGGGCUGCUUUACUCUCACCGAAAGCAGCUUCAGAUGUUCCCAAAGGCUCCUCUCCACCUAAACCCAAACUCUCCACCCUCCCUCCUGUACCCACCUUGGGACGAGGCUACACAGAGGGGGAGGAUAUUCUACUGGAUAUGUCACCACCUCCAUGCAAGAAAAGCAUCUUGGCUGCAAAACUGGCUGCAGUCAAAAAGCUUCAAGCCAAAGGGGUGGCACUUAUUAAAGAUGACCCUAAUGCAGUAAAGCGCAAGCGACCCAACAGCAUUGACAUAAAAGCUAGGGUGGAAUGCUGCCUAACCUCACCUGAAGGGGAGAAUGUGGCAGGGAAAGAGGCAGAGGAGCCAGCUCAGAAGAAAAGGCGUGAGCAGCUAGAUUAUAUGCAAUCUGAGGAGUUUCAGCGCAUUCUGAAUGCCAAGUCUACAAACUCCUGGAUAAUGGGGGAGAUGGAAGAGAAAGUCAUGCAGGAGUAUUUUGAACCACUAGUACAGAAAGAGAAGUUGGAAGAGAAGAUGAAGAGCAUCAGGGAGAUGAAGUGUCGAGCAGUCACCUGUAAAUCUUGUAAGUACACACACUUCAAACCAGCUGAGCGUUGUGUGGAGGAGAAACACGAUUACCAUUGGCAUGAUGCCAUUAAGCGUUUCUUCAAAUGCCCCUGUGGCCAGAGGAAGAUCUGCCUGAGCCGCUUUCCCACUGCAGCCUGCAGCAACUGUGGUGUGUUCAAGUGGGAGAGAGACAGCAUGUUAAAGGAAAAGAAUGGACCAAAAAUUGGAGGUGAGCUGCUGUUGCCGCGUGGUGAAGAACACUCCAGAUUCCUCAAUAGUCUGAAAUAAAGCCAACAGCCGUCCUGCUACCUGACUCCAUCCCCCAGCACUCCUCCUCUCACACACACCACUCAGGGAGUCUUUUUAUUACAAUACACAAUGAUGAAACUGGAAGCCUCUCAAUUUUCCAUGAGCCAGGCCCAAACUGAAGUGCUACUAAUUUACAGCUUUUCGUAUUGGCACACAGGGCCUGAAUGCAAUACUAAUGUAUAUUGGUGCAAUUGAUUUGCAGCUGCUCUAACCUCGAGUUGGCCAGUGCCAACUAUUUGUCUUGGUCUUUUUCCCGUGUGUCUGUAUUUGAUGUAUUUUAUAAUGUGAUAUAUUUUAAAGCAUUUUUCUGAAUGCUGAAUUAUGUGUAGCUGUGUUAUAGUGCUUAAAUUAAACUAACUUGAGUACACAAA